UAUCUCUACCCGAGACGUGGUUGCUGGUUUCCUAAUCUGUCUUUCCCCUGACCAUCCGCAGCGUUCAGUCAGUUGCCGCGCACAAGCCGCGGUUUCAUUCAUCAGUCUCUCCACACAUCUUCUGUUGCAAGACACACUUGCAGUGACCCCCACAAUGUCAUCUAAGCGAAUCGCUUUAUAUCCUUGCUCUCCUAAUACCGUGCGUGGAACAUCGACAAAGCUCUCAGCUAGCAAAGAUAAAGUCGUUUAUGCCAAUGGCAAAACUGUGAUCAUCCGUGACCUUAAUAACCCCGAUCUAUCAACGACUUUCUCUGGUCACGCGUACAACACGACUGUUGCACGUUUCUCGCCAUCUGGCUUCUACUGCGCGUCGGCAGACACUACUGGAACAGUCAAGAUAUGGGAUACUAUAGGCGAUGACCAAUCUGUGAAGGGGGAAUACAAAGUGCUCUCCGGGAAAGUCAACGACCUAGCUUGGGAUGCCGAAAGCAAGAGAAUAAUUGCGGUUGGCGAUGGCAGAGAGAAAUUUGGCCACGCUUUUCUCGCCGAUUCUGGUUCUUCGACCGGACAAAUCAGUGGUCACUCAAAGGUCAUCAACGCUGUUUCGAUUAGGUGCCAGCGCCCCUUUAGGGCAGCUACCGCCUCCGACGACAAUUCCAUCGUAUUUCAUCAAGGCGUCCCUUUCAAAUACGAUAAGACCAUCAGAACGCACACCAAAUUUGUGCAAGACGUCCAAUUUGGACCAUCAGGCGACCACUUCGCCAGCGUGGGCUCAGAUUCCAAAAUUUUCCUCUACGAUGGGAAGACUGGUGAGACGAUCGCAGAGAUCACCGACAACCCACACAAAGGGACCAUUAUGUCCUGCUCUUGGAGCCCAGAUAGCAGGUCAUUCUUCACUACUUCUCUGGAUUGCACCGUUAGACUAUGGGACAUCGAGGCCCGCAAGUCGUUGCAGGCUUGGACAGUUGGUAGUGGAGUGCCCAACCAGCAAGUCGGCGGUGUCUGGAGUGGUAUCAGUGACCUUGUGUCCCUCUCCAUGUCUGGCGAUUUGAACAUUUUUGACCCGCGGGCGGCUGAUAAGCCAACUCGCAUCCUUCAAGCUCCGCAGAAAGCGAUCACGGCAGCCUCGUCAACGUCUUCGAGCACGUUCUUCGCCGGGUCAGCUGAUGGGCGAGUGUUGUCAUAUGACACGGACUCGACUUCACCCUCAGAUGCUGUUCGGCUCGUGGGUGGCACGCUACACACCAGUCUUGUAUCUGGCAUGGCGGCCGCAAGCUCUGGGAAGGUAUUCACCAUCGGGUAUGAUGACCACAUCCGAGAGAUCGAGGGAUCCGCGUACACACCUGCUUCCAUUCCUUCAUUGUCGCAGCCAAAGUCUGUUGCAGUGGCGUCAGAUGAAACCGUGUUUAUUGCUGGCAUCAGUUCGGUUGAAGCAAUCCGUAACAAUCAACGGGUUUUCGAACUGAAGCCAUCAUAUGCACCAAGUGUAGUGGGUGCCGGGGGAAAUGUGGUUGCAGUUGGUGGAGAGGAUAAACGCGUGCAUAUACACACCUGGAAUGGCAGCACGUUGACGGAAAACAGGGCACUUCCACAAAGCGAGGGCACCAUCACCGCGCUAGCGGUAUCAAGUGAUGGGGCAUUGAUAGUGCAAGGAAACUCUGCCGGAAAGAUCGCGUUAUAUUACUCGCAGACGGGCGAGCCUGUCCCGACUCGCUGGGACUGGCACACCGCGCGCAUAUCCUCCUUGGCAUUCUUGUCGUCGCCCCCGACACAUGUUGUUUCGGGAUCUCUCGACACCAAUGUCCACGUCUGGAGCUUGGAAAACAUCUCGAAACGUGUUCUCGUUAAAGGGGCGGGUCCAGGGGGUGUUAACUGUGUCGUUUGGCUCGGUGACGCACGUAUAACCGAUAGUAAAAAGACGGGACGUAUUUUGAGCGCUGGCGCGGAUGGAUGCGUACGCGUUUGGGAAGUCGAGUUGCCUGGGAAGUGAAGGACUAGACAUCUAACUAGAUAAGAUAAGAUAAUUCGUAUGCAUUUCAAGCGUGGCGUAGUUACUUCCUAUC